GUGUGUAAUUCUGGGUUCCCCACUGAACCCAAUUAUUUUAGCAAAGACGUUCAACACUAAUAUGCAAAGAAAGCUGAGAUUUCAAGGCGCAUUAACUAUUUCCAGGGACACACAAUGUUUUCCUGCAGCUUCUGUUGGAACUUAAAUUCAGUAGUAGUUGGAUUCACUGAGGAAACAAACGUAAUUUAUCUUUCUGAACCACGUGACGUCGUUGAAGGGCGGAACGUAUUUGGGAAAACAGAACUGAAAGUUGGGAAGGUACAUACAGUAUGUCUGAAGAACAGAUCGGCACCAUGGCGUCUGAGAGUGAGAUGGACGGUUUAAUUGAAGAGUUAACGUGCCCCAUCUGUCUUGAGAUAUUUGUUGACCCGGUAUCUGUACAAUGUGGUCAUCACUUUUGCAGACCCUGCAUCGCGCAUAGCUUGACGCAGUUCCCUGAACAGAAUACUUGUCCCCAGUGUCGUCAAAUCUUCACUGAAGUGAACACCAGGUCUGCUCGGAGGCUCGGCAUCAUUGCGGAGCAGGUUAAGGUGUUGAAUGCGAAGCUGGCGCAUGAGAAGCAAGAACCUUGCUGUGAGGAACACGGGGAGAAGCUGAAGCAGUUCUGUUUAAAGGAACGAGAAGUUAUUUGUGUGGACUGCUGGGACGUCCGGCAUCAAGGUCACAAAGUCAUCCCGAUGAAAGUAGCAGUCGGGUUGUACAAGAAAGCAUUCAAGGAAGUUUUGCCUUUGUUCGAAGGAGAACUGCAAAUGGUUAAUGAAAACAAAAUGAAACAAGAAGGGAAAGUGAGCGAAGUGAAGGUGCAAGUGGAUCAGCUGUCGGAAAGAAUUGGACGAGAAUUUUCGAAGAUGCACUACUUCCUGGAAGAGCAAGAAAAGGCUAUGAGAUGUCAGCUGAGAGAAAACAAGAAGAGGACACUGAAAAGACUGGACACCAUAGUGGCAGGAAUUAACAAUGAUGUAUCAACUCUUGAGGAAAGAAUUCUGGAGAUAAAAUCAAGACUAGAGAUGAAUCAAACAGUCAAGAUACUCAAGGAUGCAGAAAACCUCCUGACAACAUGUGAUGUCCAGUGCCAGGAGGUGGAAGAGUUCGACAUUAUGUUAACCAGUAAUAUCCUUGAUGGGCUUUUGCUGCCCUUUCUCAGAGUGUGGGAGGAUAUGAGGAGAAUAAUCGAGGCAGUCCCUAGAUCGGGAGACAGUAAAUGAGCAGCUUUUUAUUUCCUAACGUCAUCAUAGUGUAAACGAUGAUGAAGAAUUGGAUGAUUUUCCUGAUCCCCAGCCAAUUUUAAUGGAUUCUUGUGUGCUUUGAGUUCAUGAUAUUUCACAUCAGGCAGGUGCUAUUUUUGGAGGUGGCUGUUGGAAACAAAACAUUUUGGGUUGUAGAGGGUAUCCUCACUAUAUCUUUACGUGGGUACUGGGACAGAGGUUUGGUUAAAGAGUAUGACUACAGGGCAGAAAAAAUGAAUUAGUCCAAUUUCCAUUAAAAGGAAGCCUUGGAAACUAGGGAUUUAUCUAGACUAUUAGAGUGGGAAGAUACCGAUUGCACGUCUCACCUCUACACUUCCACCGAUGUAUUUCCAGGGAAGCAUUUAAAAAUUACGCUCACAAAACAUUUGAACCAAUUGCACUGCUUGCACUUCAAUGAUUUAUCUUUAGGGAGAAGUUUUGAUUUGAUCAGGAUUUUAAAACAGCUAGAAUCUCUUUCGUUACCUGCUUUAUAAUCUAUCGAAUGUUCAGUUUCAUUGACUUUAUCAGUGCUGACUGUUGGGUGUGCGAUAUGUUGGAUGGGAGUAUCCAUUUGGUGCUAGUUACUAUUUUACUAAUACUGGUGCUAGUUACUAUUGUACUAAUACUGAUAAAUUACUAUUUCUUACUUAGCUGAUAUGUGACAUGCCUAUUUAAGGUGAUAAUGUGUUCAACAGGCUUAACUGGUAUUUUCCAAUAUAAUGGGGCUGCAAAAUUUAAAAAUAGUUUUAUUCCUGUUUAUGGAACAUGCUUUAUCAUUAGUGAGACACUCCUGCAAUUGAGCGAUGCUAUAUGUCAUUGUCGGACAACAUAGAAACAGGCCCUUUAUUCUAUACUAAUCUGAAUUUUCAAACAGCAGCUGCCAGAAAGAAAAUUUAUAUUGCUUAGUAAAAAUAUACAUUUGUGUUGUAUAGGGUCAGUAUUGGUCAGACAACAGAAAUGCACCACUUCUCUUUAAACUUGAGUUAUUUGAAUUUUUAUCAUGUACAGCACACAAAAUAAUACUAACCCAAUAAUAUUAACAGAUAAAGUAUUCCGUAGAUGUACUCAUUUGACAUAUUUGGGAAAUGGGCCUUUAAAAGGAGAGAAGAAAAAGACAGAGAGCUAUAGUGACAUCAGUUUCAAUUGCACAGUGUGCUGUUAUUUGCACAGUUUGUUGUCCUCUUUGCUUUACCUGAUCGUUCAUUGAUCUUUUUAUAGUCAUUAUUCUACAGAUUUGCGAGUAUGCCCACAGGAAGAAGAAUUUCAGGAUUGUAUAUGGGUCAUACAGCAGAUGUACUCUAAUAAUUAAAUUUUCUCAGAACUUUGAACUUUGAAUUGCAAAGGGAAUAGAGAAAAUUUUCUGUGCUUGCACGCGAGAUUCCAAGAUGGUAUGUUGCCUCCCUUGGGAUCAAGGAUGUCUCAGUGAUGUUGGGAUAUUCUAAAGUGGAAGAACAUAUGCAGAAAACUAGAUCAGGUCCUAUAAUCUGAAUUUAAAGAAUUCAGAGCAAAAUUUCUUCAACAGUAGUAACCUCAGGAUUAUUUCCUCAGCAAUAUGCUUGUAAGUACAUGGAUAUACUGGAUGGAUGCAGAGUGUUGAAGCUAGAAAUUUAGAUCCCUGUGAC